CGAGCGCAUGAUUCAAAGAAGACAGUACAGCUGUCAGAGUUCAAAUCACAAGAGUAGUCUAGCUUGUGACAACGGUCAAAGAAAAGUGCCGUGAAAGAAAAAAGAGGUCUGCUGCCGACACUAAAACAAACUUGGACUUCCAUGCCACACCACUGUUCAUAAUACAGCCACCAUCCUUAUCGAGACAGAGUGCCAGCCGUAAGCUAGCUUUAGUUAGAGAGCCCUUUAAUAUAUAUAUUUGUGUGAACGAAGAGGAACAAUGGCAGAUCUCUUAUCUGAUGCCGGUAUCCCCCUGUCGGUGGCAGACACAACGCAGCAACCUGCAUCAACCUCCACAGAUGUGACCAAGCAAGAUGAUGAUGAGCUUUCCCUCGAAUCAGCCAGACUACAGGAGAGUUUUAUUCGAUUGACUACCGGGACCCCUGAUGAUACCGAUACUGAUACGACCAAUGAAGAUGGCUACCAGCAAAUUCGCACAACCGAUGCAGCCUCCCAAGGCCCCUUUUACCGUCGUUAUCUCACAUGGAUUACAACUGCUAAUGAUUACAACAACGACAAUAGUACCAUGGACACUACAAUGCCAACCGUCCUUCUUCCUUCUUUGGCACAAGCUCCUACCACACCGACCAUUCUCACCAUGCUGCUUCCAUUGGCCUGCAUUGUCACACAUCUCAUUUUUGCCUAUGCACAAUGGGCUCCAAUGUGUCGAUUAUCCCUCACAGCAGAAGACAUUAAUGUCACGGCACAAGCACAAACGACCAUGACCAAAAAAAUAUUCAAUCAACUCGGCCUCCACAACACUCCGGGGUUUACUCACGAUGGUGACACGUUGAACUAUCGAGUCGAACAGGAACACAACGAGCAAACGUUCACCUAUGGCUUUGCCGUGAAAGAAUUGUGGCAAGCCUAUGGCAUGCCGGGGGUCUUUUCGCCACGGUGGGCUGCCAUUUUGCUCCUGCUGUUUUCCGGCAUGUGGCCACAUCUCAGACUCAUCUUGUUGCAACUGUCGUGGUCCUCACAAUGCCUGUCACUAACACCCAAUCGACGCACGCGGACUCUGGGAUGGUUGGCACUCUCGGGCAAGUGGUCCUUGGCCGAUGUCCUCACUGUCUGUGUCAUGGUUGGAGUCCUCAAUUUAGAAUGGAUUAUAGAUCCACCCACCAUGAAAGAGGGAAUUGCCAAUCAUUUGGCCAUGUUGAUUGAUUUGGCCAAACUAGUUUGGGAUGAUGGACAAAUAUGUUCCGUCAUGCUAUCUUUUGAUGCAUCCGAUUGUGGAUCUAAAGAUUUGAGUAUCAAACAACAUUUGGAAUGCUUUUCCUGCAAACAGUUUGUCUGGGCGGCCUUUCACGAACCAGACACGGUGGAAAAGCAAGGAAAAGCCAUCGUCGAGGGAAUCGAAAUGAGCGGAUAUGGGGCCGUACGAUUGUCCGUGGUGGGAAUGAAAGGGAUCUAUGCCUUUUGCAUUGCUGUCAUUUUGUCGAUUCUACUCACUGUCAUUGUUGACUGGUGCAAUUACAAGUACAUUGACAUGCUGCAUGAAAGACAAAGGGGGGAGGAUACCAAUUUGACACCCUCCGUGACGACAAAUCCUGAGGAAGCAGCGUCACUCAUUUUGGCGGGAGACGCCGCUUCCGAAGCAUUGGAACCCUUGCUCGAGAACAGCAGUAGUAGUAGUAGUACAACCUUUUUCUCACUCGAAAUCAUGGAAGACGAUGCUUCGGUCUUGGAUCUUUGGGUCCAACGCACCACAACGGUCUACACGCGCCUCCAUUGUCAUCACAUCAUACCCAUGGUCACACUGGUGUUGGUUGGAAUGGCCCUUUACACACCCUCCAUGGAACGAAAGGUUGGUGGUGCCAUUCCCAACUUACUCAAAGAGGUGCUGGGGCUCGAUCUCAAUCACAAAUAUUCCUUGGCGUCACUCCAAGACUUGACCGGGGCUGCAGGUGGUAUGGAUCUCUUGUUAAUGCGCACCUUUGCACUCUUUAUUGUCUUGGGGCCACUGUUGCGAGCAAUUCUGGUUGUUUUGUUGGCCAUGACUGCCAAUAAGACGGCAUCACCACGAAUGCGCUGUGUUCGAUCGCUACUGGUCCAUGCCAGCAACCUUUUGGCUGCCUUUUGUGCAUGGGAAGUCUUCUUCGCGGCCAUGUUCAUGGCGGAAUCUAUCAUGCCCAGUGCCACCAAUAACAUUUUGAAUACUCCCGCCUGUGAAAUUCUAUCCGGAGAUGGUUCCUCCUGCCUCCAAGUGACCUACGAACGUGUUCCUACAACCUUUGCCAUUUUGAUCCUGGGAUGGGGUCUCGUGGGUGGACUCUCCAUUCUCGUUUCCAUGGAAGAUAGCAAAGAACGAAUGAUGGAACGACACAAUGGACAAGUGGACAGCCUAGAUGCCUAUCAACCCUUGCCCGAUUUCGAUGGUGGUUUGCGGCGGCCAGAAAUUGGGGAUGAGCAACACCAAUGGCGGGGCGCGCACAAUGGAAGAACAGCUGGAUUUGGCGGAUACCGGCGCGCACUGAUUCGAUGAGGAAAGAAAAUGCAAUCACAAUCCCCCUCCUUGAAUGCAUGGUCGGUUGCUUAUGCAGAAGGAAGCAGAACAAUGGAAUUUUGCGAGAACCUUUUGCUUCGAUGUAACUUCAAUGGAAGAGUGGCAUGCGUGUUGGCUUCCUCGGCAGUGUCUUGAUUGCCAUCCUCUGGCGAGGGCAUGUCAAUUUGUUCGUGAUGAUGUCAGCCUUGACGUGUUUUGUUUCAAUGCUGUAAACAGCGUCGAAAGGAGAGCAUCCUUCUUGACCAGCAACAAAUUAUUCUCCACCCUUCAAUCCACGGUAACCACCAAGCUGAAGCUGCCAACGUUCAUCCUAGCAGUGGAACCGGCCAAAGGCAUCCUGGCCCGGCUGCCUUUUUGUUGCAUCGCAAGGAGAUUUGGAUUGGUGGGAUCUUGCCAUUUCUCGGACUGGGGUAUUACGCGUAUGUAGGGGCUGUCAACUAGAGGAUGAAUCGAAUCGGUUGUUAUAUGCCUUGUUGCCCGAUUGUGGAGAAUCCUCCCAAGGUCUGCUCGUGUAGUGCACAACGUGAUGCAGAUAGCACUGAUACGUGCAUUACUGAGGUCGUCCGCUGCUGCCUCCCAAAACAGGCAUUCUGUAAUGCGGAAUGCGCUGAAGUUUGGCACAGAGACAACUCAAGGAGGAAUACCCCACAGCUUUAUGAUGUUUGCAAACAAAUCGCCAAACUUGGUGGAAGUGUUCCAGUGAUGCAAGGGGGACUUGGACGUCUGAAUACAUCUGCUUUGGAAAAUGGCCAUCCAGGGAGCAGGGGGCAUACAAUUGUGCUGCCAGAAGAAUCAAGGCAGUGGUGUGUCAGUAUACUUGCAAAUUGGACUGUCACUCCAAAGUAAUGACGAGCGAACACUGGCCCACGGUGGAUCCUACCAGCAGAUGGCAACUUUGCGUCUAGCUAGUUUUGACAAAGGUUGAUGAAGAACGGAUUCUUGACAUGAGGAGAAGCAAAAAUGGAUGUUUAUGUAGCCUUUUUGUGUACGGAAUUAAGUAUAUGCAUUGACGCACAC